UUCGACUUAGCCUCUAUUUACUUUUUAUGAGGUUAUGUCGUCAAAUUACUUUAGCUCACACGGGCAGACAAAAAUCUAUUUUUAGUAAACAAGUUCAGUGGAUUUUUAGUAGUUACAUUUGUUGUUCUAUCUCGGUCCUAUAAUGAAUCUGAAAUUCGAGACGGUUAGCAAAAGCAUCAAUAGAUAGCAAAAAAAUGGGUAGAAAAAAACCACAUCCUUCUGCCAAAGGUAAACAUCAAACGCAUCAAAAGAAGUUAUCGUCUACAAAACGAGGUGAAAUAGCAACUCAGUGUGAAAAAUUACUUCGCUUGUGCAGUGAUACAACAUGUACGACACAAUUAUGGGAAAACUACUUGGAGAUCACGGCGGUGCUUGGGAGGGUUAAAAGACUUGAGGAGAUGAAGACUAGCACAACAAAACGUUCAUCAGCUAUCGAACAGUUUGUAAAAUGGUUGAAAGAUAAUGGAUCGAAUGUGGAAAAUGCAAGUAUUGCUGAAUUUUCUGGCUAUGAAUUGGGUCUAAAAGCAGAAAAAGAUUUUGAUGCCAAUGAAUUGAUACUUGAAAUUCCUGGAAAGCUCAUUUUUAGUACUGAAACUGCUGCUCCUGAACUAAUUGCUUUACAAAAUGAUCCAUUGAUUCAACAUAUGCCUCAAGUAGCCUUGGCGAUAGCUCUUCUUAUUGAAAGACAUAAAGAUAAUUCGAUAUGGAAACCUUAUCUUAAUAUUUUACCUACUAAUUACUGUACAGUUUUACAUAUGUCUACUAAUGAUAUGAUUGAACUGAAAGGAAGCCCUACUUUAGAGACAGCAUUAAAACAUUGUAGAAAUAUUGCGAGGCAAUAUUCAUAUUUUCAUCAGCUAUUUCAUAGUAACAACAAUCCAGUUUCUGAAUUAUUAAGAGAUGUCUUUACAUACGAGGAAUACUGCUGGGCAGUUUCCACAAUCAUGACAAGACAGAACAUAAUUCCUAGCAGAAACGGCACGCAGAUGAUACACGCUCUUAUUCCAAUGUGGGAUAUGUGCAAUCAUGAAGAAGGAAUGAUAACAACCGACUACAAUAUCAAUUCAGACACCUGCGAGUGUUAUGCUAAACGUGCGUUCAAGACUGGAGAACAAAUAUUUAUAAGCUACGGUGCACGUACCAACUCCGAUUUCUUCGUACAUUCAGGCUUCGUUUGUACAGAUAACAAAAACGAUGGCUUUAAACUUCGCCUAGGUAUCAGCAAAUCAGAUCCUCUCUACCACGAUCGGAUUAGUCUUCUUGAAAAGCUUGGAUUUACGUCCACAAACAUGUCAUUUUUACUAAGAGCAGGAAGCGAACCUGUAUCUGAUCAGAUGCUUGCUUUCCUCAGAGUCUUCAACAUGCGGAAAGUCGAACUCGAUCAUUGGCUUGAAUCAGACAAAGUAUUAGACCUAAUGCAUAGAGAUUGCGCACUUGAUACUAUUGUCGAAGAGAAUGUACGGAAGUUCCUGCAAAUGAGACUUAAGUUAUUAAUAGCUAAUUAUCCUACGACUUUGGAGGAGGAUUUAGUAUUAUUGAAAACGACCAUGACUCCAUCAAGGAGAAUGAUUUUAGAAUUAAGAAUUUCGGAGAAGAAAAUUCUUUUGGGAGCUCUUGAUUAUGUCGAACAGUGGAUUAAAGCUUGACGGAAUUAUUUAACUGAUAUGAUUUAUUAAUGAAUGAUUAUUCAUUAUUAUAAAUAUUAUUUACUAUUCAUGAAAUGUCCACCUAAUCAUGGCACUCAUCGAACUUUUAUUAUUUAUUUCUUCGUCAUAUUCAAUAUCUUUUAUCAUUUAUUUAUAUUAACUUUGUAAAAAGUUAUAAAUAAUUUCUAUAAACUCAGUAGUGAUGAAUAUUAUAAAAUUUAUCCGUGAAACAACAAUUCUCUAAAGCUUUUCUUUUAUAACGUAAUUAUGACUUAAGCUUGGUCAUUCAAUGUAUUCUUCUGAAAAAAAUUCAUCAUUAUUCGAACUUUUAUCCUACUAUGUGUUUAGAUUUUGAAAUUGCUGGUUGUGUGAGUUUUCGACCUUGCUAAUGUUAAAAAGUAAACUUUUAAAGCUAUAACUUGGCUAUAUUUUUAGAAUUCUUAUAAAAGUAAUAAAUAUUACAGUUAAUUUUGAGUGCAAAACAAUAUUUUUAAUCAAUUGACUAUUAUAAUUUUAUGUUAAAUCAAAAUCACAACUGUGUUGAUAAAAUCUAAUACUUUUCACUGUUUAUCUUUUAAAAUGAUAUGUAUUACUGAAGCCAAGUACAAAUUAGAUAACUUCUGUGCUGCUGUUAACGUUAUCAGACACGUAAUACAUUUAAGAAGAUAGAUAGUGUGUGAAUAAACUACAAUAAAUGUUUGUUUUGAACAGCAAGUCUGAUAAAA